GUGCGCAGUAUUGCUGUAGGGGCGGUUUCGGUUCUACCGUUCUACGAUAGUAGUUUGGGAGUUUUCAGUUCAGAUUUCACAUAUCCAUCGGCACGCAGUGUGUGCGCUCGUCGUUGCGCUUCCGGCGACGACUAGCCUACUUGUGGUGUGGUUCAAGUUUCAAUACCAAAAAAAUUCUAGUGCUAGGAUAACAUCACUCACCAACAAACAAAUAAACAAACAAACAAGAGUGUUUUGUACAGUUCGUUUUUUUAUAAGCAUUCUCCUAACCCGUGUGUCGUUGUGCGUACGGUGAGUGUAUGUAUUUAUGAAACAGAAGAAAACCCCGUACGCCGUAGAAUUUCACCCGUGCCGUCGAAAAUCUCGGGUGAAAGUUUCAAUUGAAAGCUAAGCCCACAGCAGCAGCAUCAGCACCAGCCCAAAAUACCACAACAAUUAUACAGUGUGUGGGCAAACCCGCGUGCGGUUCUUCUCCCUUUUUCGCCCACAAAAUCCCGCACAGCUGUGUCGUAGAAAAUUGGUGUGCUUCCUGUACGCGUGUUUGAAUGUGUGUGUGCGCGUUGUGAUUAUAUUGGGCGAGUGAUUUAGAGAUUAGAAAACAAAAUAGUGGCAAUACAAUGGUGAUAGGCGAGCAGGUGGAAGGUGGCGAGGCGAUGCCUCCGUCACCGCAACAGUUCCCUCCACAGAAGGCAACGAUAGAGAACAUCAUGAGCGGCAUAGAGAACACCGGUGCGGUGAAGAUGAACAACCAUAGGAAAAAACUUCGCCAGAGAUUUGACAUAAUAAAAAAGCUCGGACAAGGAACGUACGGCAAGGUGCAGCUCGGUAUCAACAAGGAAACCGGCCAGGAGGUAGCCAUCAAAACGAUCAAGAAGAGCAAAAUAGAAACGGAAGCUGAUCUCAUUCGGAUACGGCGCGAGGUACAGAUUAUGAGCUCCGUCUACCAUCCCAACAUAAUACACAUUUACGAAGUAUUUGAAAACCGGGAGAAAAUGAUACUAGUCAUGGAGUUUGCGGCCGGCGGCGAACUGUACGAUUACCUGUCCGAGCGUAAGGUGCUGGCGGAGGAGGAAGCCCGGCGCAUCUUUCGCCAGGUGUCAACCGCCAUCUACUACUGUCACAAGCACAAAAUUUGCCAUCGCGAUCUGAAGCUCGAAAACAUUCUGCUGGACGAGAACGGGAAUGCGAAGAUCGCCGAUUUUGGUCUUUCGAACGUGUUCGACGAGCAGCGCUUGCUGGCCACCUUCUGCGGCUCGCCACUGUACGCUUCGCCCGAAAUCGUCAAAGGUACACCCUACCAAGGUCCGGAGGUCGACUGUUGGUCGUUGGGCGUGCUGCUCUACACACUAGUCUACGGUGCCAUGCCCUUCGAUGGAGCCAACUUCAAGCGGUUGGUGAAACAGAUUAGCCAGGGCGAUUACUUCGAGCCGAAAAAACCGUCCCGAGCGUCACCGCUCAUACGCGAGAUGCUGACCGUGUGUCCGUCGCACCGUGCCAACAUCGAGCAGAUCUGUAACCACUGGUGGGUGAACGAGGGCUACGACGAGUCGUGUCUCGAUCUGGCGGAAGAGCUCGCCAACCAGACGCCGGUCCGGUUGGAUGUGUUACUAUCGCUGUCACCGCCCUCGGUAAUGGCCGACCAGCUGGUGGUGGGCAACGGUCAGGAAGAUGCCAAGGCGAAGGAUCGCAUUCAGCGAAGCCACUCGAUGGGUUCGAUCGUGGAUAUGGGUGGUACGGAGGCGGAGCGUCGUAUACUCGAUAUGGUAGCGGCCGGUGGUGAAGCGGCUCUCAUGCCAUCGCCAACGCGAACCAUCACACCGGCCGAAGCAGCUGCUGGCAGUCCAGCACAGACGAAGCGCAAACUGGAAACGACCGUUUCGACGGAAAAUGCGACCGGUGCUGUGAAGAAGAAGGACAAGGCGGACCCGCCAUCACCCGCCCAGCCACGCAUACCGGAAGACAUGGAUGUGGAGGAGGCGGCGACGGCGGCGGCGGCUGCUGUGGCGGCUAAGAUGCCGGAAGAGGAGCAACCAAGGGUGGACGCAGAACCUAGCCAACAGCAGCAACAACCAACUACUCAGGAAGAUAAACCCACCGACAAACCAUCUUCGAAACCGGUCGAAACCAACAAAUUCGAAGCUCAGGAAGUGUUGGAAGACUUGCAGAAUCUGGAGAACAUGUGUGACGAGCUGCUACUGGAAGCGGCCGCCCAGCCACAGGCACAAUCGAGCGAGAAUAACAGUACUGCCGUCAAGGGACAAUCGGAAACGGUGGCAGCGAAUGGAGCUGCUGCUGCUGGUCCUGCUGUUGCACCGGCCGCGGACGCACCCGCCAAAUCCGUAUCGAGUGUACGGGCCAAGCUGGAAAAGUUGGAGAAGGGCGAUACAGACCCGAAACCGAUCGUACCAACGACGGCCAUUCCGGCUGUGCGGAAGAUCUUCGGCAAGAACAAAACUACCGAUCUCACGUCCGCUAUCAACGAGGUUAACUCGCGUAAGGCGGGUGAUGAAAGCCAACCAACCGGCACUACGCACCGUUCCGCUAGCAGCGUUGAGCGCAAAAACAGUCUACCGGACGAAAGCCUGGCACGCACGGCCGAACGGCGCAAGUCACGCAUUCUCGAGACGGCCGAAAAGUUCCAAAACCUAAACCAGCAGGCAGGAAAUGGGGAUAAGUUUAAGAAGUUUGUGCUACCGGGCGGUGGCGUACCGACCGUGGGUAACUAUAAGAAAGAGUUUGAGCGCAAAACUGGCCUCAACAAUUCGUCUACCUUCACGAAACCGCCAGCCCCACAGACGGCCACGCUAGAGCAGAGGAAACGUUCCGAUCCGUUCGAGCAGGAUCAGCAGGACCGGGAAGAGACCGCUUCCACACCGGGCACUCCGCCAGCAUUUGUCGGUUCGGCAAAGAAUCUGGUAGGCUUCCAGCAACAGCAUCAGCAGCAGCAGCAGCAACAAGCGUACGAUGCACACCUUCGCUCGACAGAAUCUCCCCUGACGACGACCAAAUCGGACGAUGAGGUGAAGGAAAGCGAUUCGAAAAGCUCGGUCGGCAGUUUUUCGCUCGAGGAUGCCCGCCGCUCGAUGGAGAACUCGAUUGCGAUGUUGAACCGGGCGAAACCGACUGAUUCGAGCGCCCCAUCCACACCGACCUCGAUCGAUCAGCUGUGUGCCCGCACCGAGAGCGUCUCGAUGGUGGAGGACAGCGAACGGGAACGGAAGUUGAAGAAUGCGCGCGAAAUUAUUGGCAACGCGAUACCGAUCGGACGGCUACGGAAACCACCGAUGCCGUUCGGUGCGAAUGGACGUUCGACGACCGGCACGCUUGGAAUAAACAAACCGUACCGGAUGGGUUCGGAAACGCCAGAACCACGCUGUGACACCAUGUCCAUCCCAAGAAAGGUGUCCAUCGGAAGCAUCCCAUGUCCACCGAAAGAUGAAACGAAAACGUCGCAUGCUGAAAUCACCCUGAAAUCGGCCACUUUGCCACGGCGGAAGCUAUCCAAACCGCUGGAACUGCAAGGCGAUGCGCAGCUGAAGGCGGACCAGCGCAUGCAACAAUCACCCCAACUCCAACCUGCCUUUGCACCGAUGCGUUUCUCGACGGAGAUGCAGCACCAGAUGCCGGAUCUGCGCAGCGCACCGAUCGGUCGGGAACAUCCGCCCGCCUUCGCACCGAUGGCACACCAACAUCAGCAACAUUUGCACCACCGUGCAAACAGUUUGGAACCGCAGGGCAAAGAGCAACCGCUGCCGGGAGCAUCCUUCGCUGGGCCACAAAAACCACCAACUUACCAGCGUACCGCCAGCGGGUACGGUCCAUCGCCGGCUACCGGUGGCCGUGGAUCGCUGUCGCGCCAAUCAACGAACGAAUCGAACGAUUCGGACAAUACCAUCUCGCAGGGUCCGAUAUCGACGAACGCUUCCGGCAUGAUGUCCGGCACGGUUAGCACCAGCGGCAGUACGACGAUGCCGAUCAAGAAGAGCCCGCGGGAGUACAUCAUACCGAUUGCGGUCGAGGGUGGUGGUAUUGUGACGCCACGCGCCAACAGUCUGGAACCGUCCGAAUCGAAUGCGUCGUCCGGUGGGCUGUCUGGUGCUGGUGCCGGGUUCGGCAUGAAGCCGCGUCUGGGCAGACCGCGUCGUCUAGGCUCCCUACUAGCGGAGAAUGAUGCUGAAGCGGGUGACGUUACAUCCUUCCCACGACUGAACAGACAUACCUCGCUGGGCCGUGAGAGCGAUUCCGAGGAACCGAAAUUCCACAUGAUGCAUCGUCUCAGGAGUACGCGACCAUCGAAACGUGGCACGGCAGACCCGAACGAAUCGGCCAGCUCCGGCGAAGAGGACGAUGACGAUGGUUUUGAAAUACUGACGGCAGAGAAUCUGUUCUCCACGCUUUUGUCUCGGGUCCGUGCACUCACCAACCGUCUUAAUGUGAACGAUGUCAACUCGUCGCGGUUCCCGGCCUCACGGUUCAUGAACAAUCUGCGCCAAACACAAACACCGUUCUGGCAUCAUCAGGAUCCCUUCGGAAGGAACCUAACCGAGGGUGGCAACGCGGCCAAUGCCUGGCGCCACAGCAUGUCACGAGACUUGAGCACGGACAUCGAUUCAAUGUUUUCGCGUAGCGGAGCCACACUUCCAAGAGGUGAAUAUCGUGAAUCUGGAGAACCCGAUCCGACGACAGCGGACAACAAUGGUGGCUCGAUGGAGGAGAAUCUGGAUCUUCGUGAUCUCGAUCUGUCACAGUUGCGGUUGUCCAAGCGUGACCUGGAAACGUUGUCCAGCAUUACGCCCGCUCUGUCCCAGCGUGUGCAGGAGCAGUUGUUAGCGCAGCUUCCACCGCAACAGGCACGUAAGCUUUCCCGCACCCUUUCGAUGCAGAACGGCGGCGCUGGGACGUCGCAAGCGGGAGGAGCUGCAGCUGCUAACCAACGCCUAUACCGUCGAAGCUACAGCAACAGUUCCGGCAAUCGAUCACUGGACGCAACGGAACGGGCUGAGUACGGUUCGGCGGGAUGGAGCUCCCCGGCGGACAGCGAGCUACGGCGCCGUGGUGGAAGUCAACCACGGGACAUACUCUCACCACCGCCGGCCUACCAAACGCCAGCACCACUGUACGAGAAGUACGCCCCGUACGGUACGAGCAUUCCAACGACAGGCCACAACAACAGCGCUGGUGAUUCGUCCGGUAUGUCUGCGUUUGUGCGCGAGUACGACCACUUGCGGAAGCCGCUUCCAUCACCACACACCACCACACUGACCACGCCGGGUACACGUACUACCACAACACCAUUACGCUACACCAGCAGUCCGGACCCCACUGCCUCUACGAAACGAUUGUCCCGUUUCCUGCGGCCAGACUUUUUCGACACACCCAAGGAGAUGGGCACGACGGCGAACGAACGAGAUUCAGCCUCAUCCUCGGACCGCAACUCCCCUUACUCGUCCGGUGGAGUUACGCUGCGGGAAGGUGCAACGGAUAGGCAGCAGCGGCGAGAGAAGCUUGCCAACGAUACGAUCACCGAUCGGUUGAGCUACUUCCUGGAGAAGUACGGCAAGCCGGACGAUGAGCCGGUGGGCCCGGUGAUCGGUGAUCGUGCGAGACGAAGCGUUUCGCGUACGCGCGACCUAGACGAUGAAGGUGUGAAACAAUCCGAACCAUAUCGAACACCGGCCGAAACGCUGUCAAUGUUGCAGGAACAGCUGCAAGAUCUUACCAACAUAACGUCCCUGGCUGCGGGAAGCCAGAUGUCGAAGCUACUGCGUGGCAAUGAUGAAACGCCCGUGUCGUCGGUGCCAGCGACGAGUGAAUGUCAACUACCGGGAUGUGCUGAGUGCGAUGGGAAGUCUGAGAACGGUACCGUCCAAACAACGAACGGCAGCGCUGGUGAGGUGAAAGAAGCUGCAGCACCGGUUAAGAAGAUCGUAAAGGUUAAGAAGGUAAAGGUGGUGAAGAAGGCAGCGACAGCUGGAGAUACUACCGUCUCGGAGAAAUCAUCGACAGGCGAUACCGCAGAAGCCACUCCACCCACAGUGACAGUAGUGAAGAAAGUUAAAAAGGUAGAGACAAAUGCUGCAGAUACAAAGGAAGGUCCGAGUACGAUCGCUGGAGCAACCAUCAAGAAAGAAUCCAAACUAAUGCGUCCCAAGUCGUACCCCUACAAGGAGACUGCACAAGAUGGCGCCAAGUUGUCCGUAGCGGGUGAGAUAGAACUGGAGACCAGCGUUAAACCUAUGCCCAUCGCAACUCCCAAAGAACCAUCUACGGAGGGACAAUCGAAUGGCACACCGACAACAGCCGCUGCCAACGGUGUUGCCAGCACGGUUAGUAAAAUAGCUCGUCCUAAGAGUUUCCCAGCAUCAAAGCUUACGCCACCGAAGGAACUGAAGUUGCUAAAAUCACCUGUUAGUGAGGCAGAAUCACUGGAUGCUGCAAAAGUCGAACCUUCCACCACACCGACAACUCCGGUGGCAGAAUCGGCCACGAAUGGGACACCGACCUCCACCACAAGUCCACCGAAGAAGGUGAAAAAAGUCAUUCGUAUCGUGAAGAAGGUCACCAAAACGACCGACUCUAGCGGCAAGGUUGUGGUGACCACUACCACGAUGCCCGUCGACGGAGGGCCGCUUCCGAAAGGUUGCAAAGAAACGACCACCAAAACGGUCACCAUUAAGGAGGAGCCUGCGGGCGUUCAGAAUGCGUCAUCGACCGAAAAACCGUCCACGGUUAAGGAGAAAUCCAAAUCGCCCGAAAAGAAACCAAAGCAAGGCUUUCUGGCAAGUAUCGGGCAGAGGUUCGAGAAGUUCCGGGACACUAGCCGAAGCAGCAAGGAGAAGAAAGCAGCUGCCGCUGCAGCUUCAGCAUCAGCAGCAGCGUCCACUGCAGCAGCAACUAUCACCUCGGUAACGUCCAACGAAUCCCUGCCAGAUACGGCUGUCCCUGCUAUGGUUCCUGGUUCGGGCCAGAUCGUGGAUGGAGUCACACCGGACGUGCUGAAACCAUCGGAACCCGUCACCCUGAAGAAGGAUAAAAAGAAGGUCGGCAAAACGAUCGCCAAGGGCGCCCAGGCGGAUGACAAACCAUCAACGGACGAACCGAUCGGCAAGGCCACGGCCGGAUCCCGCAAAUCCCGCAUCGACACAGUCAUCAAGAAUCUGCGCGAACUAUCCACUGGACCGAAGCUGCCCGAGUUGACCGAAUCGAAGCUGAUCAAGCGUGCCGUUAGUGUGGAGGAGAUGCCGGGCACGUUCAAUCGCUGCGGCGUCACCAAGGUACUGGGACUUUUCAAAAAGAUAGAAAAAGAUUCACGCAAUAACGCUCACCACCGUCUUCUUAAUACCAAGUCAUCUAGCCACAUCAUGACGAGCGGCCGGUCGGUGGACGAAGGCAUCCUGGCACCGAUGCCCGAUCUGAUGCAACCGGUCCCGGUUGAGUCGGGCCGGAUGCGGAACGGUGACUCGCUGCUGCCGGGCCCAACACAGCAGCUGCGCAAAAAGAUGUACGGUGGCGCAAGAAGUGACACCGUCCUGCCGAUGGACACGCUGCUGUCGAACGGUGUGGACGGUGGUGAUUACGAGCAGCGUAAGUUUAAGGUGGCUUCGGGUGUGGGCCAGUCGCAGAUACCGGUCAAGUAUGGCUGUCCUGGUUGCGACACCGGUUGCAACACCGCCGCCGGCAGCAGUCACACCAGCGCCGGCACCGGCAAUGGUAGCAUCAAUGGAGUACACGUCGGAAGUCAUGGUCAGCAAGCUACCGCCGAGACGGAUAGUGGCUCCAACGGUAUGCAACGCCCUCCGCCGCAAGACACGGACCGGAAGGGUCGUGCCCGUGCCCUAACCAUUGACCUGGAGCAGGCCGUUCACUCGGCGACGGAAAAGUUGAAGCGCCUGCAGCAGGCCAACAGCAUCCAUCUCAGUAACAACCUACCGACACAGCCACUACUCCAUCACCAUAGUAACCACAGCAACAACAACUACAUCAGCAAUCCUAGCAAACCUAGUUUAAGCGCUUGCACCAAGCCCCUACCCAGUCACAGCAACACUGCCAACGGCACCACAAACCACACUAGCAGCUCCACACUGUCGGCGGCACCAACCACUGGUGGCAAUAACAACUACAGCUAUCCGCCACCAUUGCCCGGCGAACUGGUGCCAACCGGGACGGCAACCUCGCCGGGCGGAUAUAACAGCAUGAGCCACAGCAACAACAUCAACAACAAUCCUUCCCAUCACUACAGCACACUGACACCGUCGUACGAUAGCAUUACCAACUACUCGUCUGGUUCGCGAAGUAGCCCGUACGACGACAACUCGUCCAGCACGUUCCUCUCGCCGUCGGAGGAGCGCGAGCUGUACUUCGACAGCUGGUCGGUGUGCUCGGACGAGCUGAUCGGGGGGCACGGUGGCGGCGGUUCGGGCGGUGGUCGGCCCCUGAACUCUUCCUCCGCAUCGCCGGCGCCCUCGUCGUCCGCCGCGUCCCGGCGCCAUUCCUCGGUGCGACUACUAACCUCCAACCCACCACUGCACUCUGUCUCCCCAGUAGAUCCGGACGCGGAGAGCGUCAUCGAACGCAUCCGGCGCAAGAGUUUCUACACCCGCUUCAACGACACGAAGAAACCGGCCAAACGGGCCUCGGCCAGCAAUCUGGGUGCGCUCGGUGGAGCUGGUUCCGCAUCCGGCCAUUUAAAGGACACCGGCGGCGGCAGCAGCAGCAGCAGCAACAGCUACGGAUACUACGGUGGCAAUGCCAAUGCGGGCAGUGUCGGUUCGAUGCGUGAGAAGUCGUUGUCGCGCGGCGGCUCCACAUCCUACAUCCUGCGCCCGAACAAAGAAUCAUCCUUCAGCGGAGUUGGUAAGUACGAGACGCCGGGUUACGCUACGCUCGGCCGUACCGAGCACCACCAUCGCGGGUACGCGACGAUGGUGAACCUCACCAAGGCGAACCGAAGCGCUGCACGACUGCGCAACAGUAGCCUGGAUGUGGUGCCCCUGGUGGCAGCAUCCGGCACCGACUACCAACAUCACCAACCACCACCACACUACCAUCACCACCACCAUCAUCACCAUCGUCAGCAGCAGCCGACAAUGGGAGGAUCACUUUCACGGACCGGGUCACGGCUCCUGUCGACCGACGACGAUCCACUGACCGACGGUUUAAACUACAACAAUCUUAUCAACAACAACCACCACAACAACAACAACACCACCACCAGCAACCACAAAUAUACACGCAACACGUACUACGAAAGUAGUGCCGUGCCGUCGUCGUACGGAACCUACACACCGAGACGUCGCUCCUCGUUCGUGGCCGGCGGUGCCGGAUAUGGCGGAUCGUCUAAUAUCGCUUCAUCCUCUUCAUCGAUUGCGCUAGAUCUGCUCAAGGACCAUGCUCGGGACGGGUCGGCGAGCCACGGUAACCUCGCCACCACGACGUCUUCCUCCUCCUCCAACACGCUGUCGGCGUCGGACAACUAUGGCAUCGGGAGUAGCAACAGCAGCAGCACCGCAUCACGCACCCUUCGUCCGUACGAGACGAGAAGCAGUUCCCUGCUGACUCCAACGGCGUUACGCGAAGCGGGACGUUACAGCGGCCGGUACGAUAGUGGCACACUGACCAAAAACUAUCGCACACGGACCACGUCAACGUCCAAAUCAACAGACAAUGCGUAGACGCUGCUAAGGUUUGCUCCGCGCCCAAGAAGACAUCCACCAGCCAUUGUCAACCAUUUAUCGACUAAUAGUAGUAGCGUCCUUUAGUGAAUUAUUGUCUGCGUGUGUGUGUGGGGGGAAGGAAUAGAAGAUAAAUGUUGUAGGUCGCGGUGUCAUAUCGUAACGUACUAGGGAGAAUCAAAAUGGCGUUAUUUUAGAUGAACGUAAUAGACUAGAAAAUAUUGCAUUUAGGCCAAACUACACUUACAAACAAAACCACUCAGAAUCAAGCAAUGAAAAACGGCGAAAAGAAAAACGAAAGCCAAAACAAUAAUCGCCAAAUAAUAAAUUAAAUCAUUAAAAUAAGGUUUGCGGAAAUGCCGGAAGCGGGACACACAUUCAGGGACCGGACAGGGAUAGGAAGGGUGGGAUCGAUAAGAGAUCGAUAGGAGGGUUUUAAAAGGGCGUGAUCACUGAACGAAUUUUUAACGUAUAUUUUAAACGGUGUUUUUUACCCAAAACCCAAGAGAUCCCAUUCUUGCCCUGCAUGCUGUCCUUAUUGGGACACACAGCCACACCCAUACUCGGCAAGACGUUCAAUCCCGUCUUGUCCUCCUAUUGCGGGCAGAAGGAAGAAGGGCACAGCAAUACAAUAUCCCCACCGGAAGACACACAAGACAUCAAUCUCCAUCUCCCUCAAGAGAAAUCGUGGAUAUCAUACGAUCACCAUGCGUCUCCAUGGAGUAUCGAUCAUGUUUGGCCACCAUUUUCUUUCCACCUCGCUGCAGAGUUUCCGUUCUUAUGCUCGCCAUUUUUUGCAUCAUCAACAUUACAUCGACACAGUUCAAACAAGAUAUCCUGUUCGAGCUGGUACAAAAGGCACUCUGCACAUCACCACCACAGAGGGUGGUGAUCAUCCUGUGUCAUGACGCCAUUUUGAUUGCCACUCGACUUAGGAUUCAAUCACUAACACACACACUCUCACUCAUUUUCUAAUGUUUGCUUCGCCGUGUAUUACAAUUCCGGUGCCUUUCCUUUCUGAUCGCAUCAUAUAUCCGCACUAGUUGUAGUAGGUUGCCCUAAGUUACCACCGGAAGAUCGAGACUCGUCGGGUUGUUUAGACGCAGGCAAGAUGUUCCAAGUACUGAGAGUGGGAAGGUCAAAAUGUGCCAUUAUGUGGGAAAGUAAGGGUUGGAAUCGUUCAGCAAAAUUUGGGCCGGUAACCAAAUCCGGAACGCGAACGCGAUUGAUUUGAUGACACCAUGACGUGUUUGAUUUUAUUAAAAGUUAGCGUUUAUUAUAAAGGAUGAAAGAUCUUGAAGCGGGUACCAACGGGACAACACGGGAGACAAAACUUUGGCAAACGGAUACGGCUAACCGGGAUGAUCGUUGUUAUAGGCUACUUUUUUAACUACUAUUACUUCGCUACGAAACCCUCCGUUGGAGCAGGCAGUUUCGUAUGAUUAAGCUCCGGGACAGUUUUACAAACGGCCGGAGAGAAUUUUAGGAACGGCAAUAAACAAAAAAGCAUCAAUAAAUUAACAGUUAACGAGCAAUCGGUUUUUAUUCGCGGCGAGACAUUUGGAAGAGAUACUGUGAUUAAAGGAGAAGGCAAAAGGGUGUUGCGGCGGACACGUACGUCAAGGGUUAGACUGUUGUUGUGGAUAGCGAGCGAGUUAGUUUGGUUCGGAGAAAAUAUGGUUCAUCUUGAAAAAAAAAAUCCAUAGCAGCGCAAUAAUCGAACGCAAACACGUGUCGGUUUUCCGUACACCCGUAGGGAUGCGAGGAGCAUGAGUUUUAGCAAAUGAUUCGAUGCCAAAUGAUCAUUACACCCAUAAUAAACAAGACUAUAGCAAUAAUUCAUCGUUUCUCUGUGUAGGAUCAGCCACCUGUGCAGUGGGUGCGAACCGUGCCCAGGGACACCAGGGACUUGGGGUUCGUUUGGGUAGAACUUAAUAAAAAACCGGGUUAAUCACCAUCGACGGUACUGGUAUCGGCUACCGCGAGUGGAUAGCACAGAGUAUUGUGAAGUUAUCAGAAUAAAAGCUAGAUUGAACG